AAUCACCUAUAGGCACUUUUCUUAUUUCAAAUUUUUCCGCGAAUAACAUACGUCAAUGUCACCGAGCCGCGUCAUUUGAUUUGUCUAUAUGAAGAAAAUACAUUUCAUAACCGACUCGAUAUUUUGCACUUUUAAAUAAUUUGGAAAAACAGAAACUGACACCGUAUUAUAAACAUUAAAUGUCGUUUCUUUCAUUUCAGAGAAACUCAAUUGUGUUUUAUUGACGGUGUUAUUGAAUAACCUUAUAAAACGACAUUUAUUGUCACAAAAUGGAAAAAUUAAGGUUUACAUUCCAAGUAAAACCAACAGUGGAUGGAAAGUCAAACUUUAUUGCCAUAACCUCAAUCGCCACGCAAGAUAACAAAGUAUAUCUCAUUCCUGAAAAGCAUCAACAUAUAUCAUUUCACAAACAGAUUCUAUGUACAAAAAACUAUGCUACAGUCAAAAGUACAUUAAAAAAAAGGAAUCAAACAAGAAAUGUGUGGAUAAAAGCGACACAGGAUAUAUUAGAAACAUAUGUUGAUGAGGAUAGAAACAUGAUUUUUUCGGAUCAAUUUCUAGAGGAAACUACACAAGAAAUGUCUUCGGAAGAUCCUAUUGUGGAAAUUUUGGAGAAAUUAGUAGAAAAUAAACAAAAUGUAGAAAAAAAAAAUAUGAAAAAGUUAGCCGAGAGAUUUGUCAUUGAAAAAUAUAAUGGAAAAAAUACAAGUGCAUAUCAGUGGAUGGAAAUAUUGGAAAAAGAAUAUGCAAGGUUCAGUAUUUCUAAAGAUGAAGAAAAAAUAGAAAUUUUCAGAUUAUUUUUAGAAAAAUCAUGCAUUGAGUGGUAUUCAUCUAUGAUGAUAAGAUAUGGUUUGGAUUCAGAGUGGUCAGAAUGGAAAUCCAGUUUUCUGCAAACCUAUACCAAUAAAGGUUGGACUUCCAGCAAAUAUGCUUUAACUUUCAAGUAUCAAUUAGGGUCUUUGUUAGAUUAUGCAAUAAAAAAAGAGAGACUAUUACUAGAAGAAAGAAAAACAAUUGAUGAAGGGACUCUGAUCGAUAUAAUUGCAGCGGGCUUACCAGAUUUUAUAACUGACCGGAUUAACAAAGAAGAAAUUUCUCAUGUUAGAGACUUAUUUAAUGAACUAGGCAAAUUAGAACAUUUGGUACAAAGAAAAAAAUACAUUAAAAAGAAAGAAGACACUAAGCCAAAUAAAGAAAAAUGUACAAUUUGCGAAAAAUUAAAUAAAGGUACACGAUAUCAUCCAGAAGAUUCCUGUUGGUUUAAGCAAAGAAUAAAUACUGAAAAAUAUAAGAAGCAAAUAAAACUUGUCAACAAUUCUGAACUAGAAUGUGAAUUGCAGUGUGAAGACCAAAAAAACUAAUAGUGCCGCCAUUGAUUAAGCUUAAAUUAGUACUUAAUAAAAAUGUUGAAGUAUUUGGGAUCUAUGACUCAGGGUCUAAUGUAUCAUUGAUCAAUUCAAAAUUGCUAAAGAUAAAAACAAUGAAAGGUAUAUGUUCCAAUAAUACUAAUUUAAAAACAAUUAAUGGCGUUAAAAAAGCAAAAGGAAUGGUAGAACUAGAUAUAGCUAUUUUUGAUAUGGAAAAAAAAAUGAAGGUUUUUGUAAUAGAUGAGGAAAAUUUCGAUUACGACUUCCUAGUGGGACUAGACUGUAUUAAAGAAUUCUCCCUAGUUCAAGAUGAGAAGUUAAACAUUUGUCAAAAAAUACCUCAACAAAAAUGUGAAAUAGUUUCUAAGGAAACAAGAAAAACAGAUAUUGAUAAUAAGGAAACAAAAUUUGAAAAUUCUGUAAACUAUAAUGAAGAUAUCAGAGGAGAAAAAUUUGUAAUUUGCAUUAACCAUCUAGAUUAUACUAAACAAGCAGUGAUUGAAGAUUUAAUAUCAUGUAACAAAUCUGUGUUUGCAAAGGAUAAAUAUGAUAUAGGAAAGGUCAGUGACUAUG